AUGUCUCUGCAGUCCUUCCCCCGCUCCACCUGUGGCACCGGAGGGGGACACAUUCUACGUGAAGAAGAUUUCGGGUAUUGGGGCAACGCAGAUGGAACUGGAUGCGGUGAUGGGGAUCCACAAACACGAUUUGCUGAAACCUUAUUUGACCCGCGGCGCUCGGCAGAGAGCAGCGCCGCCUAUGUGCGGAGUGUGCAACAUGCUUCGCCCAACGCCGCGCCAGUUCUCUUGCAGAGUCGCCUGAACGAGUGGCAGCUGAGCGCCGUGAGGGGUGUGCUGCUCGCUGCGCAUCCUCCACUGGCCGCGGAGACGGACGCGGUUCGUGCGCCGAGCAUAGUGCUGAUUGAGGGGCCGCCUGGCACCGGCAAGACGCAGACCAUCGCCACCUCUAUCCUCAACAUACUGUACAGCAGCCUCCGUGAAAGAAAGGGUGUUGGAAGGGUGCUGGUGUGUGCUCCGUCCAACUGCGCCGUAGAUGAGGUACUGCUGCGCCUGCGUAAGCUUCUGGGCGACACCGACAGCAACGACCUGAAUGAGUUGUCGCGAGCGACGAUUCAAGGGUGGGAGCUGCUUCGCAUUGGUUUGAGGGAUAAAGUCGAUCGGGCAGUGUUACAACUCCGCCCAUGCGUCUUCCUCGAUGAUCGAGUGUGCGCAGAUAUGGAGAAAAGGGGAAUACCGCGAGAGGAGCAGUCACAGAACUGGGAGCUGCGUAAGGAAAUAGAAGGUGAACUGGUGGAGGAGGCCGCUGUCGUUUUCACGACGUUGGGCUCGCUGCACCGCGUAAAGAAGAUCAACCCGUGGGUCACCUUCGACGCCGUCAUUGUCGAUGAGGCCUCACAGUGCACGGAGCCGGCGGUGCUGCAGGCUCUGCAGGUCGCAGGUGAGCACAGCGCCGUUGUGUUGGUCGGCGACUCGAAGCAGCUGCAGCCCACCAUCCUCUCCAGGGACGCGAGUCGGUGCGGCCUGCGUCGCAGUCUGCUGGUGCGCAUGCUGGCCUGCGGGCACAAGUCCUUCCUGCUGCGCACGCAGUACCGCAUGCACCCCGACAUCUGCGCCUUCCCAAACGCGUACUUCUACGACUCGAAGCUGGAGACGCACAGCAGCGUACACCUGCGUGCUCGCGGCAGCGACAACGAGGGCACCGGCUUGCUGAGCGACGACGUGGCGUCUGCAGCGGCUACAGCGCACGAUCCGGCCAACUUGGCCAUCGCGCAGCGCCUCGGCCAGAGUCCGCGCUUCAUCGUGAGAGACAUUACACAGGGUAAGAUGCAGGUGGGUGGUGGUCGAUCCUUGUGUAACGUGAAAGAGGCGGUUGCCGUGGUCCAGUGCAUGCGACAGUUGCGCAUCUUUCUGCGGCUGACGGUGUGGGACAUGGCGCCGCAGCUCGGCAUCAUCACCUUCUACAAUGCACAGAAGGUCCUUAUACUUUCCUUGCUGACGCGUGAGGAGCGGCAGAGUGGGCUGCAGGUAUCCACGGUGGACAGCUUCCAGGGGAAGGAGAAGCGCAUCAUUCUGCUGAGCUGCGUGCGGACCGUGACGAACUCCGGCGCUGCUGCUGGAUUCCUCGCACACUGGAAUCGGCUGAACGUUGCGCUGACGCGCGCGCAGGACUUGUGCGUGUGCUUCUGUCAGUGCAGCUGGAUCAAGCGUUUGCGCAGCGGCACGGACACCGCAACCGUCGCUGGUGCGGCAUGUGAGACGUACACGCUGACCACAAUCGACAGCACGAAGGAAGAGGUGGUGCGACAGUUGGAUGCACAUGAUCUGGAUUCUGGAGCGCUGUUCUCGAUGCUCGCACACGCGGAGGAGCACGACGUUGUGCGAGUCCAUCCUAUGCAGUGGUCGCCAUGUCAUCUGCCUUAA